AAACAAAAGGCGAGCAAAUAAAGAGGGAAGGGAAAGGUGAAGAAAAAAGAAAGGAAAAAUCUUCCAUAGAAACAAACCUAGUGUUGGGUCUCAAGUCUCAACAAUCCAUCGUCUCUGCUCCAAAGAUCUUGCCUGUAAUUCAGCGUCUCUCUUUAUUACGAAGAAAGAUAUUUGGCUUUGGUUAUUAAUUGAUGCUAUGAGCGAAAUUUAUUGCCAUUUUUGCGAAUUAGGUUUACAUUGAAAUGCUAAGCAGAAUGGCUUUGUUGAGAUUUGGCGAAGGAACUGCUGUUUGACGGAGCUAAUGAAGUUCUUCUUUGAUGCUUUUUCAGCAUGCUUUGUUUGAGACCUCCUCUGCCAAUCAUCUCAAGUAGAUUGGAAGUGACAAAAUUUUCCAAGGAUACUAGCAGUCUGGUGGUAUGCGCUUUAAAAGGUCCACGACAAAGAUAUCCUCGGGUAUGGAAAUCGAAAAAGAGAAUUGGGACAAUCUCCAAAUCAGCCAAGCUUGUUGAUUGCAUAAAGGGGUUGUCAAAUGUCAAGGAGGAAGUGUAUGGGGCACUUGAUUCCUUUGUUGCUUGGGAAUUGGAGUUCCCUCUAGUUGCUGUUAAGAAAGCAUUGAAGACUCUUGAGAAUGAACAGGAAUGGAAGAGGAUAAUUCAGGUAAUAAAGUGGAUGCUGAGCAAAGGCCAAGGACAGACAAUGGGAACAUACUUCACGUUACUCAAUGCUUUAGCAGAGGAUGGGAGGCUUGAUGAAGCUGAAGAGCUUUGGACAAAAUUAUUUUCAGACAACUUAGAAAGCAUGCCGCGCAUUUUCUUUAAUAAAAUGAUUGCUAUUUAUUACAAGAGGGAUAUGCAUGAGAAGAUGUUCGAGAUAUUUGCUGACAUGGAGGAGCUCGGUGUCCAACCAAAUGUUGCCAUUGUUAAUAUGAUGGGAAGUGCAUUCAAGAAGCUGGGUAUGCUGGACAAAUACGACAAAUUAAAGAAGAAAUAUCCACCACCGAAAUGGGAAUAUCGGUACAUCAAAGGAAAGCGUGUUAGGAUUCGAGCAAAGAAUGUUGAUGAAUUGGAUGCAGCUAAUGAAGAUGUAAACAGGGAUAAGGAAAUUUCCCCCAUUUCAAAUGAAUCGGAUGAAGAAGUGGAUACAAGCGUGCAUGAAGUUAAUGUUGAAGCUACGUGUUCUUGAGCUGUUAGAAGCUUGCCAUUAUUAAUUUGCAUCCUCCUUAUCCACCAGGAUUUAGGUAAAUUUACGGAGAACACAAUCGGGCAUCAAGGGUCGAAAGAGUUCCAUUUAUAUUCUUUCAAUGUGAGAUGAGUAGAUUGUAAACCCUCGCUGGUCUCUAAAGAAACAUGUUUUGUAACGAGUGCGAGGAGUUAAAUUAUGCCGUUCCAUCCUUUAUCUACGAGAAAUUUAGUUGUAUUUGCCUUUUUGAAAAAAACAAAAAUCUAAUUUGCAUAUAAAAAUAUGAAUUUUGAUUUUAA